AUUUUAGGUGACGUAGCCUCUCUCCGUCUUUCUGUCAUGAACAUAUAUUAGUGUCCGCGGUACGCGUACGCAGGACACACUUUUUUCCAUCGAUCCGAACCUUACAUCCUUUUCUUUCUUUCUAUCAUUUUUACAAAUCAACGAAACAAUGCCUCCAAAACAAGACUGGGAAAAAUACGAUAAACCUCUUGAAGAUGAGAACAAGGACGAGAAAAUAGUCGCUCUUGACGAAGGCGAUAUUAAGCUUCUCAAAACAUACGGCCAAGGUCCAUAUGCAAAAGAAUUGAAAGAACUCGAUCAAGACAUCAAAGAUAUACAGAAGCGUGUAAACGAAAAAAUUGGUGUCAAGGAGUCAGAUACUGGACUUGCAGCUCCAAAUCUUUGGGAUAUUCCUGCCGACAAGCAGCGAAUGCAAGAAGAGCAGCCAUUGCAGGUCGCUCGCUGCACUAAAAUCAUCCAAGGUGGCGAUAACGAAGACGCCAAAUACAUCAUCAACGUCAAACAAAUUGCCAAGUUCGUUGUGGAAUUGGUUCGACACGUAUCUCCCACCGAUAUCGAAGAAGGCAUGCGUGUUGGUGUGGAUCGUACAAAAUACCAGAUCCAGGUACCAUUACCUCCUAAGAUUGAUCCUUCAGUAACAAUGAUGCAAGUCGAAGAAAAGCCAGAUGUGACAUAUAGCGACGUGGGUGGGUGCAAAGAGCAAAUCGAGCGAUUGCGUGAAGUUGUUGAACUGCCACUGCUGCAACCCGAACGAUUCGUGAACCUUGGUAUCGAUCCACCAAAGGGUGUUUUGCUGUAUGGUCCACCUGGUACUGGUAAAACCUUGUGCGCUCGAGCCGUCGCCAACCGAACAGAUGCAACAUUCAUCCGUGUCAUUGGUUCAGAACUUGUCCAGAAAUACGUCGGUGAAGGUGCCCGCAUGGUCCGUGAAUUGUUUGAAAUGGCCAGAACCAAGAAAGCAUGUAUCAUUUUCUUUGAUGAAGUCGAUGCCAUUGGUGGUGCUCGUUUCGACGAUGGUGCCGGUGGUGACAAUGAAGUGCAGCGUACCAUGUUGGAAUUGAUUAAUCAGUUGGACGGUUUCGACCCACGAGGAAACAUCAAGGUGCUGAUGGCAACCAACAGACCUGAUACCCUUGAUCCUGCCUUGUUGCGACCGGGUCGUUUGGAUAGACGAGUAGAAUUCGGUUUACCAGAUUUGGAGGGCCGUGCACAUAUUUUAAAGAUUCACGCAAAAAGCAUGAGUGUCGAGCGUGACAUUCGUUACGAACUUAUUGCACGAUUGUGUCCGAACGCAACGGGUGCUGAAUUGCGAAGUGUCUGUACAGAAGCCGGUAUGUUUGCCAUCCGUGCAAGAAGAAAGGUGGCCACCGAAAAGGACUUUUUGGAAGCGGUCAACAAGGUUAUCAAGGGUUAUCAAAAGUUCUCCAGUACUCCCAAGUAUCUUAUGUGGAAUUAGAUCCAGUAUUAUCAUCAUCAUCAAUAAACAAAGCUCGCGUCCCAAUGAAACUUUCUGCUUUCGUCAAAACAUGUUGUUGGGGACUGGAUGGAGAAAUGAGAAGGAUCAUCACUAUGAGGGAACUGAUAUGAUAUCACUCUAAUAAGUAAUGAACGAUCGAGUCUGUGUCAGGCCUUAAACCUACUGUCUUGUUUAACAUCAUCUACAUUAUAAGGUUAAUUGCUCUAUUGGUAAAACAAAGAAUAGACGAAAAAGAAGAGAGUAAAGUGGCAUGUAAAUCAGCUGUUGUAGGAGCAGUUUUCAUCGUGACGCGGAUAGAUGCUACUGUUUAACUAAGGGAUCGUGAAGUAUUUAAUACUGCAUAAAGUCCGGCAAGUACUGCAAAAGAUUACUGCAAUUGCAGUACUGCAAAUUUACUGAGGCCCGCGCAAACAUAUAUAUAAUUGCAC